AUGGCUUCUGUGUGGUCAAAAACUCCCGUCUCACCGGGAUCCAGUCAAUUGGAGCAUCUCAAUGAACACCUCAGCAAUGCAACGGUAAGCACAAAAUUCUUUGCGGUCGAUUUUUAUUGUUUUUUUGAGCCAAUCUGAUAAAUUUUUGACAUUAUGAUACUUGUUAAUAUCAUUUUGUUUGAGUUUUGUAAUUUUUGAUGUUAUGAUCGCUCGUAUUUGCUACUUUAAACAUUUUAUAUUGUUUGAAGUUGGUUCUUGUCAUUUAUGGAUAUUUGUUGCCUCUUUAUAUUGUUUUAGGCGUACGACUUCUUCAAGCACUACGACUCUAACAACGCUGACGGCUAUCGGGCACGAAAAAGGACUGAUCUGACCCUUGACAUCUCUUGGAACGCUGAAAGUGAGAUUGUCUUCUAUCGCGAUGGCAUUCCCCAUUCUGACGAUUCUGGACUGAUUGAUCAAGGUACUCAGACGGACAUGGGCCUUUGUUUCGACGACAAGCACCACCACCUUGAGAACUAUUGUGUAAGUUACAUAUUAUUUUUGUUUAGGUAGAAUUUUAAUCAUUGGUUUAGAUAGUUUAAUUUGCAUUGAUAUUUCAAAGUAUUAGGUAAAAUAUACCUUUAUAUGAUGUAAAACGAAGUAUUAUUUAUGUUUACUUAUGCUUGGUCUGAGAAUUUGCAUUUUUUCAGCGGUAAAUUAUUUUUUUAGCUAGUUCCGAUUACAGCUCCGUUGUCGCCGACUUCUGAUUACUCAUCUCCAACUUCUCCCAACACCUUCCAGUUUCCAUCUCCAGCUCUUCCAGUCUCUCCAACCACUCGUACCAAACAGGUAUUCGACUUUAAUUUGAACUCGUUUGCUGCUGACUUUGCCACCAAAACCUUGCUCAGCGACAGCCGGAAGAAGCAUCACAACACUUUCUGUGGCUUCUGCUACAACAAUGCGAGAGUCAAUGUAGGUUUAUUUAUGGCUUCUACAUGGUUCUUGAACUGUUUUAAAAAUAAAGCUGAUCUUAUUUUUUAAAUAUUUUCAAUUCUAACGAUGAAUUCACAUUAUUUUAGGGUUGUGAUGUAACUGGACAGGGAAGAUGGUUGGAGCACAACCUGAGAGAUGCCAAUGGCCGUGUCACUUGCCCAUGUCUUCGUAUGUUCCAAUGCCCGAUCUGUGGAGGUUCUGGAGACGAUGCCCACACCCAACGUCAUUGCCCAAAGCGUAAUCGAGGCAGAGAUUAG